CUGAGAUUUGCUAGGGAGGAGGUUGCCCUUCUGUCUCUGACCAAAAUGCAAUCAAAAUAAUUUUAAAAUUGACUUAUAAUUUGAAAGAAUUGAUUUUCUUAUCGCUUUUUAGUGCGUUGAUUUAGUUAUUUAUCGCAACAAUGCUUCGCUUCCUCGCUCGUUCUCUGAACAGAAACCUCUUUCGUGCGACGAGAAAGUAUUCCACUCCAAGCGCUUCGGCCGCCUACCAGCUAACACCCGAGGACAUUUUCAAGCGAGAAGAUACCUAUGGAGCCCAUAACUAUCACCCAUUGCCAGCAGCCUUGGCAAGAGGGAAAGGAGUGUUCGUUUGGGACGUGACUGGAAAACGAUACUUCGAUUUUCUCGCAGCUUACUCGGCUGUGAAUCAAGGGCAUUGUCAUCCCAGAAUUGUGAAAACGCUCCAAGAACAGGCAGAAAUCUUGACGUUAACUUCUCGAGCGUUUUACAACGACGUUUUGGGCGAAUUCGAAGAGUUCGCAACCAAGCUGUUUGGUUAUGAUAAACUUUUGCCCAUGAACACGGGAGUCGAAGGUGGUGAAACCGCAUGCAAACUGGCGCGAAAAUGGGGAUAUCAAGUCAAGGGCAUUCCAGACAACAAGGCCAAAAUUGUCUUCGCUGACAAUAAUUUUUGGGGAAGGACUCUUGCAGCUGUUUCAUCUUCGUCUGACCCGGAUUGUUACGGUGAAUAUGGUCCUUUUAUGCCAGGGUUUGAGCUUGUUCCUUACAAUGACCUUUCAGCGUUGGAGAAAGCCAUCAGUGAUCCAAACACAUGUGCAUUCAUGGUCGAGCCAAUUCAAGGUGAAGCUGGUGUGAUGAUUCCUGACGAUGGAUACAUCAGAGGUGUCAGGGAACUCUGUUCCAAAUACAAUGUUCUUUUCAUAGCUGAUGAAGUACAAACUGGUCUUGGAAGAACUGGAAGGCGCUUGUGUGUUGACCACGAGAAUGUCAGACCUGAUUUAGUCAUUCUUGGGAAAGCUCUGUCUGGUGGUGUUUACCCAGUUUCAGCAGUUCUCUGUGAUGAUGCUGUUAUGCUUACUAUCAAACCAGGGCAGCAUGGCUCAACAUAUGGUGGAAAUCCUCUGGGUUGUAGAGUUGCUAUCACUGCAUUGAAAGUUCUAGAGGAAGAGAAGCUGGCAGAACAUUCUGCAAGACUCGGAGAAAUCAUGAUUCCUGAAUUAAACAAGUUAAACCCAGCUGUUGUCAAGACUGUUCGUGGGAAAGGGCUUAUGAAUGCUAUAGAGAUUAACCCCACAGAUGAUUUUGAUGCUUGGAAGGUGUGUUUGAAACUUAGGGAUAAUGGUCUGUUAGCGAAGCCCACCCAUGAUCAUAUCAUCCGUUUUACACCACCCCUGGUUAUCACAGAGGAACAGCUCCAUGAAGCUCUUGGAAUAAUCAAAGACACUGUUGACUCCUUUGCUUGAGCCUGGUACCACUUGUGUUGCGUAGUGAAAAUGAUUUUCAAUCACAAUAACUUUAGAGGAUUUUUUUUUUAAAGAUAAUGUUUGUUUUAACAAAAUGAGAGUAAUUUUUUAGUGUUGGCAUAACCACAUAAAACAAAAGAAUCGAAAGUCUAUAAACAAUUCCAAAAUGAGAAUACAGCAAUAUUGCUAGACAAUCAGUGGUUUUCCAACACAAGUAAAAUUCUGAAUUAGUGAAUUGUUUUUAGCCUUGUUCCUCCUGUCAAAACUGUUUUGUUUUCGUUUCUUUACAUCUUGUAGAUGAACAUCUACUGGCAAAUGACUUUUUGGUUUUCUGUUUUUAUGGUCCCAGUUGUUCAAUAAGUGUCAUUAAACCAACAGCACUGUCUAAUUGAUAGUGACUUGUGCAGUGGUUAGUGUAUCCAGCUUCUGAACAACUGGGGUCAGGAGGUAAAAGGCUUAAAUCAAAAGGAAUUAAGCAGGUUACAAUCUGUCUUUUUUGUUUAUUUUAUUAUUUUUUUUGAUAGCCAACUACUAGAGAUAUUAUUAUUAGUGUUGAAAUCGUAACAUCCAAAGAGAGAGUGAGCAUACAUCUUACUCUUCAUACGAGCACCAUCACCUUGUCUGUAAGAGGUAUCACUGAGAAGGGAUAUUUCACUUUGACCAUUCUACACAGAUCAUUGCAGGUAAUUUGGAGAUUUUCUUGUUUUGACCCAGAUGCCACUUGUAUUUGAUGUGACAGACACGACAGAGGAAGGGAUCACACAUAUUCACAACACUCAUUUCAUAUCAUAUACUAACAAUUAUAUGAAUUAAAUUUGUGGAAGUAGUAGUAGCAGUAGUAGCAGUAAACAAACAGACCUUGCACUCAAAUUUUGCAUGGUUCUGGUCAGCAUUUGACACUGCCAAUCCAAGCAGUCAGAAAGAUGCAUGAAAAUAGCAAGCUCUCUUCAGGGUUAUUAACUUGCACCAAAUAAUCCAGAAUAACUUGUAGUAGAAAAGCUUAGAAAAUUACAGAAAAUGACAUAAUCAUAUAGACGAUGCACAAAAAGCUGUGACAAUCACCCAAUGUUAAUUUUUGCUGUUGUUGUAGAAAACAUGUUCACAAAUGAGCAGUAACCAUGAGUAACAUUCAAAAUAUACAGGUUGCAAUCUAUAAUAACACAUUAUGUUAACUAUCAUUAACCAGAUUACUAAAGGCCCAUUUUCAGAGGUGAUUUUUGAACAAUUUUUGUUGCAAUUUCCACCCUUAAUCAUGUUUCAUAGAAACUCUGACUAGUGAGGUCCCACGAAAUAGGACAAUAAUUGCAGCUGUUGCUUCACAACAACAACCAAAAAACAAAAUUAGGAUACAAAUUACCUGUAAGUGGGCCUUAAUACCUGCACAUCACACUACAUAACCAUUACGUAAAGUCAACUCUCAGCUUGUACUGAUAGAGGUAGGCUUUUGAGCGACUCAACUCCAAAGGAAGAGGAGGAAGAAGAAGAAAGAAAACUCUCUGUGGUUGAUAACCCACAGCUACAAUGUAGGUGUCCCCAGGGAGCCCUUUUUGUUGUUUAUUUUUGGGGGGCACAAUCAUUCAUCAGACAGACAACGAACAGAAAUAGCUAGAACAACAGAAACUUGGAUGAUGUGUUGCCUUAAGAUGACACUUAAGUUAUUCUUGCCUGUGUGACAAGUCUUUUUGCUGCAUAGACAUCUUUGCGCAGUUCUACAGGUCAGUAGUAGAGGUCUAGUAAAAUCACCUUGGCUUGGACAGAAGGUUCUUCGAUUUAAAUGGGGAUAUUAAGACUGCACAGUUGCAACUUAUAACACAAUGCAAAACUAACACUGUUUCCUGCUUUUGUCUGAGCAUUACAUGUCGGAACAUGUACAUGUAUCUGUAAUAACAUUACUAACAAAUAAAGCAAACUGACAGUAGUUUACUAACUUAAACCUAGUAGAGAGUAAGUAAUAGAUUGAAUAUCUUGUUAACUUGACUUGUAUACUUUAAAAUCUUUCAUUUGAGCUGUGUGUUGGUGCAGUCUCACAAUGCCCACCAGCUUCAAAGUUGAAAGCAACAACUGAUGCUGAUGAUGUGGAUGAUGAUGAUGAAAUAGAAGUUUCUCUUUGGUUGAUAGCUGCUUAUCCCAUUGGAACUUCGUGCUUCUUGUUCCAAUUAUGCAUGCCAUGUGGAUUGUGCAAGACUUGGACUGCAAGAAGUACUUAGACAGACAGUUAAAACAGAACAGAUUAUGACAAAAAGACAUCUGUGCUGUCCAGUGCUAUGGAAACAGCAGGCUACCUUUGGAAAGAGAAAUUAUGAUGAGGUGGACAAAUCCUUGAGUCAAAGUUUCAACAAUACCAGUGUUACAAAGUGUUGCACGGUUAGCAAAACAAACAAGGAUACAUUAUGAGGAACAGAGGCUACCUAUUAGAUGAACAAACUUGACACUUACAAUAUGUACAAGGACAGAAACCAGAUCAGCAAUCAAAACCAUGAACAGCUGUCUUCCCCAAGGUGUAGAAGUGUGGUCUGUUCCAAAGGAAGAUAAGCCAUGGAUUCUAAACAGGAGUUGAGCGAGUACUCCUUAUAUUUGUGUUCUUGGACUGGAACAUUCAGUUUGUCAGGAUAUGACAUUUAAAAAAAAUCACAAAAAAUAUUUCGCCUCCAACAAGGACUUUGACUGAGAACAGAACAGAAGUGAAAACAUGACAAUCUUACAAUGAACAAGGACAGUCAAGAUAGCAGUGAAAAAACGGAACUUAUAGGAAAAGACACCAGACGGGAAUGGAGGGAGGGAGGCAUAAAUGGAAGCCAUUGCCCUUUAAUUGAGAGUGGCUCCUUCAGCAACAGCAGCAACAGCAACAAAAGCAGCAGCAACAAUAGCCAAAUUGAACUUCAUCAGGGUGUAAAGUUGAUGCCAAAAGCAGGAUUUCCUCUACACCUGAUACAGACAGACUGUUGUUAUGACAAUGACAAAACGUUGAAAUACUAGCCUGAAGUGAUCAAUAGCAACCAAGGAUGUGAACUGCAUAGUGACAAAUCAGAAGGAAGCCUUACCAAGCAAAAACGCAAGUGCACAGGACAGCAUAAUGUACACACAGACAAUAGUGAGGACAGCAGAAUACAGUGUACAGAGACACCAGAACGUGUGUAACGAUAACUUAUGAUAAUAACCCGCUAACAACAAGACGUAACGCCAGUGGAUGUUGUGUGUUCAUAGAAAAGCAGUAAACAGUGAAGUGAGAUUUGCAUCAACAUGAAGAGCAACUGAUAAGAUCAUGACAAAGAAGGAAAACCAUAAAUUGCCCCUUGUAAAGUUCUUAGAAUGUCAGUAGUUUUGAAAGUUAGUUUUGACCUUUAGAAAGUGGCAUGGUAGCUAAAGAGUGCAUCAAAAUGGCAGCAAGAAAUGUAUCUAAAAACAUCAUCCUGGACAGACUAGAUGCGACAGAAAACUGACAAGUGACUUGGAACCGAACUAUGGUCAACUACAAGUGGCUCAAUAGGCAAAAGAGAAUUUCUGAAUUGUUCUCUUUGCAUUUGGUCAAUGUGAAAUAUCCUUGUGAAGUCAAAUAAAUGUAAGAUCCAUGCAGUAACAGAAGAGUAAGUGGGUUAACAGGAUAUGAUAACAUGCAUGUACAAUUUCAGCCAAAACUAAGCCUUUGUUUCUGUAUGGUUGUUAUAUGGUUGUAUUCACGCAAUCUGCCCCCUUCCACCCACCCCCAAGCUGCAAGUGGGGAGGAAAGAUUGUGUGACAAGCCAUAACGUCUGCAAAGGAGGCUAACAGUAACCAAACUGUGCGAGGUUUAGUUUUUGUGGUAAUACUAGGAGCUUGGUUGGUUUAAAAUAUUGAACUUGCAUCAGUCGGUUAAGAACACGAGAAAGCUGCAUUCCAUAAAAUCACUGCGCUAUAUCUCGAUACACCCACUCGGGCAAGGACUAAGUCGUAGAUGUUGUUUGUUGAUUACUUUCUUUUUAGUUGUUUAUUUAUGGCUUUUGUAAUUAGUUUUAUUUUAUUAGUUUGCAUACAAUGCGUGAAGGGAAAAUAGUAUUAAAAGGACUGACACCGAG